AUGGAUUGCGACUGUGAUUUUCUUUUGCCAUGUAGAGAGAGUUGGGAGGCACAUUACAGCAAUUGCUCGUCUAUUUGGUGUAAGGAAAACAAUGAAACAGCAAAGAAUAAAGACGGCACCAUCAGACUGAAAAACAAACAUCUCUCGUCACUCGAAUACGACGUGUUGUAUCACUUAGGACUUGAUACCAAGAACAAUGAUCUACAGACCAUGUUUGGGGAUGUCAAGUUCGUUUGUAUGGGUGGAACGAAAAAAAGAAUGAAGGAUUUCGCUGUAUAUAUUGCUAAUGUGCUUCAACUACCUAAUGAGGGGCUUGUUAAUAUUACAAAGAAUUCCCAUAGAUAUGCCAUGUAUAAAAUUGGACCGGUGUUGUCUGUUAAUCACGGCAUUGGAGUUCCUUCUAUGACAAUACUUCUGCAGGAAGUCAUAAAAAUGCUUUCUUACGCUAAAGCCAAAGACCCCAUUUUCUUCAGGAUCGGUACUUGUGGAGGAUUAAAGAUACCAGCGGGAUCUGUAGUCAUAUCCUCUUGGGCACUGAACGGGAUCCUGGAAAAGUCGUAUAAUUUAAUACAUAUAGAAGUUAAAAGUUUCUUGCAGCCGAUCAUGGGUAAAGUGCACAAACUGCCAUCGUUUUUCGAUAAGCGUCUUAAUCAAGAAUUGCACUUCCUUGCGUCAGAGGAAACGGGGUUUGAAACCUUCAUAGGUGGCACGAUGGCAGCCGAUGACUAUUACCAAGGUCAAGCACGACUGGACGGUCCUUUCUGUGACUACUCAGAGGCUGAUAAAAUGUCAUUCCUGAACCAGUUGAUUGAUAUUGGAGUCAGGAAUAUCGAAAUGGAAGCUACUGCCUUCGCUGCGUUAACUUCCAAGGCUGGUUUGAGAGCAGCUGAUGUUUGUGUUACAUUCCUCGAUAGACUUAAUGGGGAUCAGGUGACUUCAAGCAAUUCUAAGUUAGCAGAGUUUCAGGAAAGACCUAUGGUGGUUGUAGGAAAAUAUAUCUCUAGAUAUUAUGAAACAAAAUUAAAAUAG